AUGGAGAGCCUGGAGAAGAGGAGACCCAAGGGGACCUUACAGCUCUCAAUUCCAAAAGGAGGUUGUAGCCAGAUUGGUUGGGGUAUUUUCACUUUUUAUGGCUGCUUCUCCAAACAAGAGACAAGAGCAGUUUCUGCAGUAGCUCUACAGGAUGAUAUAAUACAGAAUCAUCAGCUGCAGGAUCUUUUAUUAAUAGAUUCUUCUAAGUCAAGGACAAGGAAUACCAAGAAUUUUUACAAAUCAUUAAUAAACGAAAUAGGCAGAACAAUAGUAGGUACUGGACUGAGAAAAAAGAACAAAAGCAAGGAAGACACAGAAAAGAAGCAUCUUCUUGACCCCAGGGCUCCACAGCUGACAUUAGGUCUCGUCAUGGACUCAAGUUACUGGCUUGUAACACAAACCUUGGACAUUUCUCCAUGGAUUCUGGUCAAUCAACACAAGCAGCUUCUUCUGGUCUUCAAAGAUGACAAAUAUCUAUAUUCUGCUGGCAUAUGGGUUUUACUGCUGGGAAUGAGAUCCACAAAGCAUGGAAAAGCCAUACCAAUAUUCAGGAAGGAAUUUGCAAUUCAACCUAGGGUGCUGCAUUCAUGUUCCCAUGUAUCAUGCCUGAAAACCAUUGAAAAAUUUACAGGUAAAAAUUGUCCUGUGUGUAGAAAAGAACAGUAUCAAACCAGAGUAAUACAUGAUGGGGCAUGCUUAGUUAAAUUGAAUGAAUUAGGUAAAAUUCAAGCUUCCUGGAGGGGAUAUAUUGUUAGAAAAGAGUAUAAAGACUUGAGAGAAACAGUGCCUCCUAGGGAUAAAAAAUUAAGAAAGCAAUUAUUUGACAAAAAGUUAUGA